AUGGUCCUCGCCGCUGCCAUGAGCCAGGCCCCGGCCCCCCGCGGCGCUGACCCGCCGGAGAGCGAUGCCCGCACCGGGGCCCCCAGCCGGGGCGCCGGCCGAGGGAUGCCGCCGCCGCCCAGCCUGCCCCAGCUCCUCCACAAUGCUGCCAAGCUCCUGGAGAAGAGUCCGUUCAACGUCGGCACCCCGAACCCGCUGCUCCCCUCGCCGGCCAGCCUGCAGCUGGCGCAGCUCCAGGCGCAGCUCACGCUCCACAGGCUGAAGUUGGCUCAGACCGCCGUCACCAACAACCCGGCUGCCGCCACCGUCCUCAACCAGGUGCUCUCCAAAGUGGCCAUGUCCCAGCCGCUCUUCAACCAGCUGCGGCACCCCUCCAUGAUGAACGCCCCUCAGGGCCACACCGCAGGGCCACCGCAGGGGCCCGGCAUGGCCGGCACAAGGUUCCCCUCCGGCGGCAUUGCCUUUCCCGCACAGAGCCCUGCCUUAGCCGCGCCGGGGGGCGGGCUGGGGCCAGUCCAGGCGCAGACCCCCAAUGCCAUCGUCAUGAGUCCCUUUGGAGGUGUUAUGGCCCCGACCUCGGGCCAGCAACCCGUGGUGGUGGGUCUCAACAAAGCGGGUACCUCCGGCUCCGCUGCUGCGGGGGGGUUUUAUGAGUACAACAAGCAAAACGCCACUGCUGCUGCCCCUCAGGCGUAUGCCCCGGAGGGGGAUCAGCCCGGCCAACACGGCUUCCUCGCCGGUGGGACCCAUGCAGCCUCCUCGCCGGCAGGGCCACGCUAUGAGGGUCAUUUUGGGGCUUCCGGGCAGCUGCAGCACGAGGCGGCAGUGGCAGCCUUUCCCAAGGAAGCCUAUGGGGCAGCGGCACAGCACGGCACAGCACGGGCCUUCCCCGGCGACCCGCACGCGGGCUCCCAUCCGAAAGGAGAUCCCAGCGCCGUGUUGCAUGGCAGCGGUACAAGCAACCAGUGGGAAAACAUCCCUAAUUUCCCCGGCCAAAACAAGCCUGACCUCGCGCCUGGCGACAACAGCCUGUGGCCGACAGCGAGUCAGCAGCAGUAUGAAAUAAGAAACGAGCUCUACAACCCCGAAGAGCCAACACCUGACACGAAGUUCAGCACCGCCACCCCCCCUGCCUUCGGCCGCCUCAACCACAGCAAGCAGAGCUUCGGCAGCCCUCGCAUGAGGCAGAAGGAGGAGCGGAGCGGUGGCGUGCCCGACCUGCCCGCCCGCUCCCUGCCGCAGCACCAGCUGGGUGACCUCCGCGGGGUGGCCCCCCUCCACUUCCCACACGUCUGCGCCCUGUGUGACAAGAAGAUCUUCGAUCUGAAGGACUGGGAUCAGCACGUUAAAGGAAGUCUUCACAUCCAAAAAUGUAUGGCUUUUUCAGAUAACACUGGUAUCCGGUGUGUGUUAAGCUCAGCAGAUGGAACAUUGCAUUUAUCCCCAAAUAAUGCAGCAGUUUUCAAUCCAUCUAGUGUCGAAGAUUAUCCACCAAAUGUCGGCGCAUCUUUUAUCACUACGUCAGCAAGAUCCUUUGGCCAGCCAGGUCCUACAUUUUCCUCUCCUCCAUCAGGGGUAAGAGUGAUUGUUUUUUCCCCCCAAUUUCCCCAGAGGAAAUCUGCACUGGGUCGAGUUGUUCACAUCUGCAACCUCCCCGAGGGAAGCUGCACAGAGAAUGAUGUCAUUAACCUGGGGCUCCCAUUUGGGAAGGUCACCAACUAUAUCCUCAUGAAAUCCACUAAUCAGGCCUUUCUGGAAAUGGCUUACAGCGAAGCAGCCCAAGCCAUGGUACAGUACUACAAAGAAAAACCUGCUAUGAUAAAUGAUGACAAGUUACUUAUUAGGAUGUCUAAAAGAUACAAGGAAUUGCAGCUGAAGAAACCAGGUAAGAAUGUGGCUGCUAUCAUCCAGGACAUCCACUCGCAGAGGGAGAGGGACCUGCUGCGUGAAGUGGACAGCAGGUAUGGCACGGAAAGGCCCCGCUCUCGCAGCCCCAUAAGCCGCUCCCUGUCACCCCGAUCCCACACUCCCAGCUUUACUUCCUGCAGUUCACCCCACAGCCCGAUGGGGACGGGCAGGACCGACUGGGGAAAUGGGAGAGAGUCGUGGGAUCAGUCUCCGUAUUCUCGACGGGAAGAGGAAAGAGACAGCAGAGAAUGGCGAGAGAAUGGGGAUGAGAAGAGGGACAGGACUGACAUGUGGGUACAUGAGAGGAAACAUUAUUCCCGACAGCUGGACAAGUUUGAUUUGGAUGAACGGAUUGAAGGAGGCAGAGGGCACAGAGAAAAAUAUUUAAGGAGUGGUUCCCCUGGCUCCCUUCACCCUUUAUCUGGCUACAAAACCAGAGAAGAUGACUAUUACCGAAAAACCUCCAAGUCAAAGUCUGACAAGUUUCAGAGGCAGCUGCAGGAUUUACCUGGGAGAUCCAAGAGAAAGGAAGAGGCAAAGUUAAGGGAACGCAGGCAUUCUUACAGCGAGGACGCUGCCAGGGAGGAGGCUGCUGAACAGAAGCACAGCAAAGCAUCCGAGGGCUCCAGGCAAAAACAGAGUGAUAAGAAUAAGGUGAAGAAAGCCGAAAAAGACCAAGAGGAAGAUGCUGCUGCUGAAGGCAGUGAUGUGAAGGAAACCAAACCUCCUGAGAAUGAGCUUGGAAAAGAGGAGCAAGUUCCCGAGAAGAGCUCGCCUUCAGCUAAUAAACAAGGAAAAGAAUCUGGAGAAAUCCUGGAAAACACAAGACAAGAGAAGGACCGAGACUGGGAGAGUGAAAGUGAGAUAGAAGGUGAGACCUGGUAUCCUACUAACAUGGAGGAAUUAGUGACAGUGGAUGAAGUGGGAGAAGAUGAUUUAAUUAUGGAGCCUGAUAUAACUGAGCUUGAAGAAAUAGUGCCGGUUGAUCAGAAAAAUAAAACUGCUUCAGAGAUGUGUCCCUGUAUGUCAACCAUGUUGGAACUGAAAAACGAUCACAGCCACCUAACCAGGAGUGAAGACAAAUUUGCCCAUAAAGCUUUAGAAACAAACUUUAGAUCGGCAAAGGGCAGUGUGGCUUCUAGCGGCUGCCAGGAUGAUGAUGAGGAUGAUGAGAAUGAUGAUGCUGUAACAGAAGCAUCAAGCCUAAAUCUGGACCCUGAGCAGAAGCCAGAGGAAUUGCAGGAAGACCAAUCUGCUAAGGAGUCGGAUCCCCAGCAGAAGGAAGGAAAAAUUGAUAAGAGCUCUGACACUCGUUUAGAGCCCGAAGAUCACCAUAUACCUUCUGUUCAUCUGAAAGAAGAGACUCUCCAGCUCCCUGAUACAUUUAUAGAUGAUUACAAACAGAUGGGAUCACAAGGAGCUGAGAGCAGAGAAGUUAUGGAAAUGCUUGUUAAAAACACGAGCGAAGAAACCAGACAUGGAAGCCAAGAGUGUCCAGAGGCCAAGGCAAAUUCUAGGUACCUGGAAAUGAGAUCUCUGGAAUACCCGGAGGUAGAGUCUAAAAGAAGGCACUCUCCACCAGGCUGGGAACAAGAGGAUGUCUUCACCGAACUCAGCAUUCCCCUGGGUGUGGAAUUUGUGGUGCCUAGAACUGGGUUUUACUGCAAGCUCUGCGGACUCUUCUACACAAAUGAAGAGACAGCAAAGACAAGUCACUGCAGAAGUACUGUUCACUACAAAAAUCUUCAGAAGUAUCUAUCCCAGCUUGCAGAAGAGAGCCUGAAAAUGAAGGAAGAAGGCAGCCAUCUGCCUCAGGAUGACACUGGCAUCGUUCCUCACUUUGCGAAGAAAAAACUAUGAUGUGGAUGAACUGGAAGAGCUAUAAAUGAGUGAAUGCUGAUUCUUUAUUUUUUUUAUUUCUAUGAUAUAACUGUCAAUUUGCACUGUACAGAGGAGGGGAAAUAAAGAGCAUGGAACAUGCAUCUAUGCCCAGAGUGCCAUUAAAAACCAAAAUGCCUGAAACUGUUUCCCACGGUGAAGCAAUGCUGGCAUAUCUGUAAGAAGUGGAGCAAUUCUUUCUCACACUCUGCGUGCUGGGAGUGGUUUCCUAGAUUAAAUCAGAAUUCUCAGGGAUUCUUGAAGUUUUAAUUCUGAUGUGACACAUCAGGUCAGGCAGAGUAUUUAGAAGCACUCAGCAUCCUCCAGUGGACGCUGGAAGGAAAGGAGAUGUGACUAUAAAUAGGCUUUAAUGUUGCUUAAAAUAUCUUCAGCCAUUUCACUCGUUGCCCCGGUGAGAAGUAGGAUUUGCAUAGGACAUCUAAAGCCAUUGUGCUAAUACUAGUCAGUAGAUGGCAUAACAUAAACCCCAUCAGCAUCCACCUCCAUGUGUCUUAGAGCUUGGUGAAUUGAUGAAAUGUUUGUGUUGUUAAGCACUGACUGUGUUGUACGAAUACCAAGGGAGCCACAGUCUGUCCCAGGGACCUCACAGCCUGAGCCCAGCACGGCAAGAGCAAUUCGAAUGUGCGUGCUGAGAGCUGACCUGCUCUGGUCUUCAGCAUUGUCCAUGGUGUGAUCAGGAUGCUCUCCAGGUACCGCUGUGUUUGAAACGCUUCUUUUUUGAUAAUUCUAAAGGGUGCCAACUUUGAGUCUUACAGACUUGAAACUCUCCCAAGAGGCU